GUACGUCAAGUGACGAUACUGUUUCUGCAGGUGCCCGACUAGGUGCAGCGUUGGCGCAUUUGGAGCUGAAAAAUAUAUUACGAUGGCCUCAGCUACAGAUGCUCGCUAUGGACAGAAGGAGUCCGCCGACCAAAACUUUGACUACAUGUUCAAGAUCCUGAUCAUCGGCAACAGCAGUGUGGGCAAGACGAGCUUCCUGUUUCGUUACGCCGACGACUCGUUCACCCCAGCCUUCGUGAGCACUGUGGGCAUCGACUUCAAGGUGAAGACCAUCUACAGGAAUGACAAGAGGAUCAAGCUGCAGAUCUGGGACACAGCCGGGCAGGAACGUUACAGGACCAUCACCACAGCCUACUACAGAGGAGCCAUGGGCUUCAUCCUCAUGUACGACAUCACCAACGAGGAGUCCUUCAACGCCGUGCAGGACUGGUCGACACAGAUCAAAACAUACUCCUGGGACAACGCCCAGGUCCUGCUGGUGGGGAACAAGUGUGACAUGGACGACGAGAGGGUGGUGGCCGCAGAGAGGGGCAGACAGCUGUCCGAACACCUGGGGUUUGAGUUCUUCGAGGCCAGUGCCAAAGACAACAUCAACGUGAAACAGACCUUCGAGCGGCUGGUGGACAUCAUCUGCGAGAAGAUGUCCGAGAGUCUGGACGCCGGGGACCCUGCCGUGACGGGAGCCAAACAGGGCCCCCAACUCACCGAGCAGCCGGCAGCCCCGCAGCAGGACUGUGCAUGCUAAAAACAACAACAACAACAACAACACACACUCCCAGUGUACACAGGCUCUCAUGCAUACAGCCACGUUUAUGCACAUCUGCACACACACUGUCACACACCCCAUCUCUGCCAGGCUCCUCCUCCGCACCUUUCUCCCUUAGCUAGCGCGCACAUGGAGUGAUAGCCACUGGAAGAAAGAAACGGCUUCUUUAAAACGUUCUCCUCAUCCCAGUCUGUCUCUCGUCCCUGUCUGUCUUUCGUCCCUGCCCUGUCCUCAACCCACCCUGUUCUCCAACACAUUUGAUUGUUGUUUUGUUUUUGUUUAUUUAUUUAUGCUGUUGGGUUUUUUUUUUGUUGUUUUUUAAAGCCUAGUCACUGCAUUUUCUCAUCUUGCGUCAGCAUUCCUUGGCCUUUGCAGAAGACAAAGAAAGCCAUAUAUCUUAUUGGUUUUGUUUUUAAGGGUUAGUAAAUAUGAAGGAAACCGUGCUGAAACUUAGACCAGCGGAGUCAGCGGAAUACGAUGCAAGUAUGCACAUUUUUAAUCGAAUCGUUACACUUUCAUUCUUACUGCCUUUCUAGCACCUUCUGUUGAUUUCAGUUUUCUUUAAACUAUAUUUUUGUAUUUUUCUGUGUGGUUUGUGUGUGCGUGUGUGUGUGUGUGUGUGUGUGUGUGUGUGUGUUUCUUUAUUUCAGCUCAACUUGUGGCAUAUAAAAUAUGAACAAAUAGAUAGGUAAAUUAGAGAACACAUAUAUCUUUAUAUAUUUAUUUCAAGGUGUGUAUAUAAAAUGUGUAUGUAAUAGAUAAGAUACAUCUAAAAUUAAUUUUGAACAUUACAGAUAUGAAACUAUCUAUAGAACUAUGACUGGUCCUUGUAAGAUGUUUUUGCCACCUUAAAGACUACUACCAAAAAUCUUGCAUAGUAUGAUACAUGCAGCUUCAUUGGAUAGCCCUGCAUAGAUUAGCUGGAACUGAUAUUGAUAAACAGACAUACCAAGCAAUGCUUAUUUGCAUGGGGAGACAUGAGGCUUUUUCUGUGGUGCAAAAACCUACUAAAUCUAAAUCUGUAAAAGAUAUUUUUCAUGGUUUUAGGUCUUUCCCUUCAUGCCCGUCAUUGUAUGUGCUAUCCAUUACUAAUAUGUUAUGUGUGACCUCCCCUGGUCCUCAUUGUAAUGAUUGUUGUAGUAUCCAGCCUCACAGUUCACAUGAAGAAUCUGAUAUCCUGCGUAUGUUUAAAGAGAGAUUCGUUACAGGUCUUCAUUUGCGUUACGAGUUUUAUUUACAAAUGUUAUUGAUUUUUGUCACCUUUGAGAUGCAAUACAUUAAACGUUGGAUUUAAUAAACAUUUCCGAAGUGUAAACCAGGCCUUGAAAUGAGGGGAAAUAGCACUGAUUUGAUCUUUUAUGCAAAAGUAGACACUUGUCUGUGUCUAUAGUGUGACGUGGCCGUGAAGAGAGGUGCAAGCAGUGCUGAUUGGUCUUCAAUGUGGCAAAGGUCAACUUCAGUGUACAAAUGUACAAAUAGGCAGUAAUGGUGAGCCACCAUGUAAAUGUCAGAAAAGUAACAUUCAUUCCGUAAUGCAUAGAUAAGUAUAGAUGUUUGCUGUUUCCCAGACGACCACAUCCUUCAUUAUGACACGGGGGUUUUGACCAUGAUGAGGUGCACCAGAAGUGUGCUUCAACAGGGGCUGGUAUGAGUGAUAUAUUGACCUAUAUGCAUAUCAAGAAGAACUGUCUUGACGAAUUGUAUAGACAACAACGGCAAACAUUAUUCAAAGGAAUUGGGCUAAUCUAUGAAUAUGAUUAUAAGGAGACAGGCUAAUUUAUAUAGCGACCCUGUUUACUCCUCUGCAGUGAAGCCUGGUUCUCAUUAGACAUAACUAGAUGCAGAUGUGUGGAUGUGUGCUCCCUCUGCUCCUUCACUAGGUUCUGUUGCUAUGCUCCUCGCGUUUCUUAUUCAUGUAAAUAGGUUCAUGUUGUUUGAUUUAAGAGUGGAUUGUGAUGUAUUGAUAAGCUUGCAAAAAGAAAAAAAAUGUUUAAAAAUGUUCAGCUUUUGUGUGUGCCUGCUUGUGAAUGAAUGUGUCACUUUAUUACAAAGCAAUAUACUGUACAAAGAAGCAUCUUUUUCAGUGUUCAUGAGAUUACAGGCAGUCAAACUCAAAUAGAUCAGUAUGUCACCCUCUGGAAUACAUGUUUAUUCAUUUCUGUUUCUUUCGUGGUCAAAUCCGAACAGGCUGAGCCGUCUUAGGUUGUACCAAUGACUGCACAACAUCAAACAAUUUGGCAGCCAAUGAAAUGGAAAGGUCUCAUCAAACAAUUUGGCAGCCAAUGAAAUGGAAAGGUCUUAGCUGUUUUUUAACUAUUGUCCACCUCAUGUGUAUUGUCAAUGACCUAACCUGCAGGCUCUCAGUCAUACUCAUCUAACGGUACUGUGUGCUUCAAUCUUGUGUGUUUCAAUGAGAAGAUCUCAGUUUCUCUCAUACACUUAGAGUGGUUAAUGAUGUGUUACCACAAUUGCAUAUAGUAUGUGGACAAGUGAGCUUGAGGGCUUAAAACAGAGAGGCUCUAUGUAUGUAGUGCUGACCUAUUUGUUUCUUGUGGUCUUACCUGCUGUUAGGUCAUUUAGGCCAGAGUCUUUGCUCGAGUUUUUGAUUUCUGUGCCCAGACCCCAGCCCUGCCCACUCAUUUAAUCAUUCAAGUUCUCUUUCAAAAUGUGAGUCAAAGGAGAUAAAGUUCAGCAUAGUGUUUUUUGACCUGGUUUACAUCCUUUUUUAAACUUUGUUUUCUAAUGUGAGGAAAAAAAAGACAAUAUUUACUGAAAAAAAAAACAUGUUAUGCAGUAGUUCAUGUACUGUUAUUACAAUAGGGGAAAUGGUGUCAAAAUGUUAAAUUGUGAAAAAAUAUCAAACUGUUCAAAUGAUAAAAUAAACAAAUAAAUAAAAUGAAGCAAA